AUGUUUAGAUCCCCCUUUCUUCUGAUCCGGCGCCAGUCCACGCAGCGCCAGCUUGCGCACCAGCUGAAUACGCUGGAAAAACUUGUCUACAAAGAUAUCACAAGUUUCGCCGGUUCCAAUGGCUCCAAAGUGCCGCCUACCACAGCUUUUGAGAUCCUCAGAUUGUGCAAGCUGUUCCAAGAUUCGGUCCAUGAAACGAAGAAAACAAAUGUGCUAGAGGACGAGCUGAUUGUGAAAUCCAACGCCCUGAUGCAGAAAGUGUUUUUGGCCGAGAAAGUCGACUAUAGCCAGGCAUUACUCGCAGACUUCCUAAAACUAAAGCCCCAUGUCGCCAGUAUCAAGUUUGCUUUGACGUGCUACUACAUGAAGAACACGCACAAAGUGCUAAAGGUGGAGACGGCAAUGAUACCCCUGCGCAACUUGCUUUACGACGCAAAAUUCCGGGAGGCAUUGGACGUGAUAGAGCUCACUACAGGGUUCCCCAGAUACUACGAGUUCAAGAGCGUCAAGUGGCGGCGGAUGCUUCUAAAGUUCUUUGCGGGCAUUGGCGGCACGAUCGGGGCGAUGGACCUGUCGUUCAGGUUUCUUCUGCCCGGGUUUUUCCAGUCAAAUGUGGUGUACGGGCUAUACGGUGCUGUUGGCACAUUUCUGGCGAACGCAGGGUUCAUGGCGAUGAUGGCGUUCUCGUCGAAGGGCCAGGAGAACGGGGCGUUGCGGUUCGAAAAGGGCACGCUGCCAGCAACGUGGUACAAGAAGGUGGACCAGAUGAGGAUGUGCGCGAUGGUGCUGGAGUGCGACGCGGAAAUCAACGGCAGAGAGGGUUUUGCGAGCCGGCCUGUGGUGGACCGUAUCCACAAGAUGGGGUUUGUUGUGAACGAGCCUGAACAGGAGAUCAUGCUGCGCCAGUACUGGGUGAGUUCGGGAGAAGGGUUUGUGUGGUGCGAGCCAGACCUGGACCCGGCAGACAUCGAAUGGUGGCAGCAUUUGGAGAAAAUCGGGGUGAAAAAAAUCUGGGACAAGGAUUACGAGCAGCUGGACCAGCAGCAGGAACUAAGCCAAAAUACACCCAUCAAACGUUAA